AUGAAGACAGCUGCCAAUAAUCCACCAAAAAGAGGAGUAUCCUUGACUCGGAGCCACAGUGUUGGAGGUCCACUGCAAAACAUUGACCUUUCCCAGAGACCAUCUCAUGGCAUUUCAACAGUUAGUCUUCCAAAUAGUUUGCAAGAAGUUGUGGAUCCUUUAAUAAAAAAGCCUAACCCUCUCCCUGUAUCUGUACCCUACUUGAGCCCUUUGGUACUGCGUAAGGAGCUUGAAUCACUUUUGGAAAAUGAGGGAGAGCAAGUAAUUCAUACAUCCAAAUUCAUCAAUCAACACCCCAUCAUUUUCUGGAACCUAGUCUGGUAUUUCCGACGAUUGGAUCUACCUAGCAACUUACCUGGACUCAUUCUAACAUCUGAACACUGUAAUGAUGGGGUACAGCUUCCUUUGACGUCUCUUGCUCAAGAUAGCAAGCUAGUAUACAUCCACCUUCUGUGGGACAAUAUCAAUCUUCAUCAAGAGCCAGGGGAGCCCCUGUAUAUAUCUUGGAGAAAUCUCAAUUCUUCUGAAAAGAGACCCUCCACAGUGGCAGAAGAUCAGCAGGCAACAAACACUUUGUUGGAGAACAUCAAACUAAGUAUUCAACACAAUAAUGUUGUUAAACCGAUCAACCUCCUUCUACAGAAAGUUAAGCCAGAUGUGAAACGACAGAGGAGUUUUUACAGAGAAAUUCUUUUCCUGUCUCUGGUGUCUCUUGGAAGAGAGAACAUUGACAUCGAGGUCUUUGAUAGUGAAUACAGACUUGCACAUAAAAAUCUACCAAAGGAUGUUCUUGAAAAGAUGCAGAAAAUAGAUGCUCCACCAAGCAGCAGGGUAGAGUGUUGUAGGAAGUGCUUUGGAGCACCUUUAAUAUAAAAAUGAAGAAGACACAUGCUAAACUUCAGUGAGACAAAAAUAGAAGUGAACAAACCAGGAGCAUGGCGAUGUAUACACUUUGAAUUCCACAAGGUGAUAAUUGAGCAAUUUGUCAAACAAUUUCGUUGAGCUACAACAUA